AGUCGAUCAGUGCACCAGCCAUCGACCAUUCAGACCUGCAAUUGACUCUUCUCCGCCAAAGCCAAGCCCUAACAUCUCACCGCUUCACCUUGUUCUUGGGCUCCCUACAAGCAUAUCUAGGUGGCUCUUGGGCAGCCGUCCAACAUGUCCAGCAACCGCUUCGAUACGCUGGUCAAGGCGCCCAAGCCUGCCUCUCCAGCCCCGAACCCACCAGUCGCCUCCGCAUCUGCAUCUGCAUCCGCAUCUGUAUCCGCUGCCAACGCAGCUGGUCAACCAAAGGCCAAGAAGCGCAAGGGUCACCGUGGGGGCAAGAAAAAGCGAACGCGGAGGAAGAGCUUUGCCGCUCUGGACGAAGAUGAUGGACAGGAUGAAUCCCAACAGGAAUCUGGGGAGGGGUUCUUCAAGAUGGCGAAUGCAAACCUGAGUGGCACGAGCAUCGACAGCGAAGCCUUGUUGGAUCACAGGGAUCAUCAGCCGCUGCGCAUCAGACGUUCCUCAACAGCUCCAGGUCCCCCAUCACCCUACGGACCAAGCUUCACCAACCAAGGCACCAGCCGACUACGAUCAAUGCAAGAAAUACACAGCGACGACGAACAAAUCGACCCUCUCAUGAGAUGGGAUGAAUCGGCGCCCCUUCUCAGCGAGUCGAGGCCCCGAGGGUCGCAGACAAUCCUAUCCAGCUACGGCGCAAGCGACGUCAGGUCGAGCCGGCCCCGGAGCCGCAGGGCAUCGAACAAGUCCUCCAUGACAAGACUUGGGACUUCCAACAGCGGGAGGGAUCGAUACGAUGUGAACCAUCCCCCUUCGAUGCCUGGAUCCCCAGCAUUCGGUGCUAGCACGCGUAUGGAUAUGAGCUUCGGGGAUGUCAUGAUUCGGGACGAGAUCAGUUUACGAGACGAGUCUCCACACCAAUCGGUUGCAGACGUGUCCGACAUGGGCGGUGUGCUGAGAGACGGCCGCCCUGAACUCAGCAGGAGGGCAGCGAACGAAGCUGAGCAAGACGUUUGCUUUCCCGGGCCAGGCAUGUCCGAGAUGGGUGACGAUGACGCACAGUCAAGGAGCCAGGAACCUCGCCGAUACAGAACACGACGUCGUCGAGGCCAGUGGCCCGACCUGGCGGUUCUAGAAGAAUGGAGCCAUAUGGAGAAGGAGGGACGAACAGAUGAACGCCGCGUCAAGAGGAUCACGGAGCCUCAGCUCAUCAACGGUCGACUACGCCCCGUGCGGAAGGGCUGGUACCAGACGGACGUCGAAUCGCCAUAUAGGUUUACCUACUUCAACGAGGAGUUUCCGAGUACGAUCCACAGCCAGACCAUCUCCGAACUUGUUCAGUCUGGUGGUGGUUUCAAAGAGUUGUUCAUUCCAGAUCCCCCGAUCCUCUCUUCAGACGAUGAGACCGAUGAUGACGAGGAUGCUCUUUCGGUGCCUGUUAAGCUUCAUCAUUUGACUGGCGGCAUGGAGGGAGGAUCAAAGGAAUCCACUCGCCAGCCAUCUCUCUCCACUACGCGCGAAAAUACUGAUCCCCGAGCCGAAGGGAUGUUCUCGCCACCUUCAAGGGAUCCGCUGGCCCAUGUGGCCUCGAGGAGCGACUCCGGACGCGCUACGCCCUCUGGCCAAAAAUCAUCCGACGAGAGUGGGAAGGUCUCUCAAGCCCCACUCAUCGAGACCAAGGAAAAGGUCAUUCGCUAUGGCGAUCGGCCUGUGUGGUGGCUUGACGUUACAUGCCCUACGGAACCGGAGAUGAAGGCCAUAUCCAAGGCCUUUGGCAUCCACCCUCUCACGGCGGAGGAUAUCAUGUUGCAGGAGGCCCGAGAGAAGGUUGAGCUCUUCCGACACUACUACUUUGUCAACUACCGAUCCUUCGAUCAGGACAAUAACAGCGAAAACUUCUUGGAGCCGGUCGACAUGUAUGUCGUCGUUUUCCGAGAAGGUGUCCUCAGCUUCCAUUUCUCCAUGACACCACAUCCCGCCAAUGUCCGCCGCCGAAUCCGUCAAUUGCGAGACUACCUUAUCCUGUCGUCGGACUGGAUCUCGUAUGCCAUCAUUGACGACAUCACCGACGUCUUCCAACCUCUGAUUCAGAAUAUCGAGGAUGAAGUAGACGAGAUCGAUGAUGCAAUCUUGAAAUUGCAUUCGUCUGCCGAAAAGCGUAUGAAAGAUGAUUUGAACACUUCGAAGACUGACGACGCUGUGACGGCUUCAGACCCCAGCAGUGACAUGCUUCGACGUGUGGGCGACUGCAGAAAGCGGGUGAUGAGCCUUUAUCGAUUGUUGGGCAACAAGGCAGACGUCAUCAAGGGCUUUGCCAAGCGUUGCAAUGAGCGAUGGGACGUUGCACCACGGUCCGAGAUUGGUCUGUAUCUUGGUGAUAUUCAGGAUCACAUUGUCACCAUGACGUCUAAUCUCGGACAUUACGAAAAGAUACUGGCUCGAUCCCAUGGCAACUAUCUGGCGCAGAUCAACAUACGCAUGAACGAGCGACAGGAACAAACAGCCGACGUGCUCGGCAAGCUCACCGUCCUAGGCACCAUUGUUCUCCCCAUGAACAUCAUCACCGGUUUGUGGGGCAUGAACGUCUGGGUACCGGGUCAGGAGUAUGAGGGUGACCUGGCGUGGUUCGUUUGGAUCGCUGCAGGUCUAAUCUUCUUCGGCCUGGCCUGCUUUUUAAUUGCGAAGAGAGUAUACAACAUUGUUUAGGACAUACGAGGAGCAACUUAACGGUCUCUGAAAACAGGAAAGUGUAUAGUUCUUGGGCGGAGAGGCUAGCAUUUGGGUUGGCGUUUUUUUUCUUCUUUCUUUUUUCCCCUACUUGAGGUUGACUGAGCGCGGGGCCUUGGAUAUGGUCCUCUUUCUUUUUGUAUCCCGUUAUUUUCAUCGGAGCGAGGUUCGUGGGCUCUGGUUCAGGGCAUGGCCGGGGAGGGGGGUGAUCCACUAGAAUGAAUGCCCAGUGCUGAAUGUUUGGGUAUAUUGGGGUUUCCAGCGAUUGAAUUUGGGUUGCAACAGCCGGAAUAUACAAAAUUUCUGCACAUUAGGCGUGGAUUUCAUGUGCAAGUUUCAGCUUUCGGUUGGUAUAGUGUCGAGGGUUGAUGGACUUGAUGCAGGGUGUACAUUUUGGCAUGGACCAUAAUUACCAUAUAUAAAGACCAACCAAAUAUCAAAUCUUGCA